AUGGCUGCGAGUCACAAGGCUCAGAAGCACAACAGCAACUACACUGCACUUUACACGCGGCCCUGCCCCUUCAUGCAGCGCAAGGGGAAAUGCCCCCGCGGCCGCGCUUGUCCAGAUUACCACACCGCAGCUCAGCAGAGGCGCGACCCGUAUUCACACUUUUACCUGCCCGUCGCAUGCCCGGCGCAGUUCGAAGGCUGCCCCCAAGGAGAACAGUGUAAAUACGCCCACACUGUGACGGAGCAGGAGUACCAUCCGGUACGGUACCGGACGUUUCUCUGCGUGAAGGCCGCGUGCAGGAAGGACGUUCGGGUGAGAGCAGUCUGUCCGCUGGCUCACAGCUCAGCGGAGAAGUGCCGGGCGCUCAGCCGGGCGGAAUACGAGCUGGCGUUCCUGAGCGGAAAGGCGGCUGAGGCGGAGACGGCAGAGGAGCAGCGGAGCUUCGAACAGAUGCAGCAAAAGGGGUACCCAAAAUUCUGGGAGCUUGGAUUGAACGGGACUCAACGGGUAGUCACGAAGCCGCUGCCUGAAGGUAGCGAGGAGUACAACCUGGUCUUCAGCCAAUUCAUUGGUCAAGGUGACGUCAUCCCGUCCGGCUUUCCGGCGGCCGUCCGCCGCAUCCUGCGCGUCCAGAACCCGGACGAGUACGACUACUACGCGCUCACGCGCGCCAAGGUCGGCGGCGAGCGCUGGCUCUUCCACGGCACCUCCGCCGACGCCGCCGAGCGCAUCGCCGCCGUCGGCUUCGACCGCUCCUUCUCGCGCCGCUGCGCGUUCGGCCCGGGCUGCUACUUCGCGCGGACUCCGUCCGUUUCCGUCCAGUACUGCGAUCCGGACGAGGACGGGGUGCAGCGCAUGUUCCUGGCGCAGGUCCUGGUGGGCACGUGGACGUCGACGCCCCGAGGGGGAUCCCCCCCCGUGGUGAAGACCGAAAGAGCGCCGGGGUAUGCCCGGUUUGACUCCGUGGUGGAUAGUGAAUUCAACCCAGACAUCUUCGUCGUGUUCCAGGAUCACCAAGCGUACCCCGCGUAUCUGAUCGAGUUCACGGUGUUGUCUCCGGGGUCCCCCUCGCUCAACCCGCAGCGUGCCGGCACCGCAAACCCAACCGCUAACCAGCUGACCUCUAACAAGAGUGCGAGUUCCAAUGCUAACCCAAGUGCUUAUCCGAGUACUAACCAGAGCGGGGCCCCGAGCCAAAGCGUGAGUUCGGCCCCGCUGCAGCCUUCGACCACGACAACUUCGCUGACCAAUCCGGUGGCGAGCUCGAGCGCAGGGACUGCGGAUGCGGACGGUGCGGGGGGGUCUUCGGACGGGAGCCCCUUUCCGGCGGCGAGCAACGGGGGCGGUGCAUCGACCAAAGUUUCCGUGCCUCACCGGUGGUUCUGCUUUGGGCCAACAGGACGUUCAAAGGAAGAAGGGCACCGGCGAAGGGCGUUCAAGCGGCCGUUCGGGAAUUCACGUGGUUUGUUUCGGAGUGCAGCGGCAGGCUCGGGGCUUGCAGUCGGGAGCAGCGACCAGCCAGCCGUCAAAGCAACAAACUAA